AGCGUUUGGAGCUCCAUGAACUACACGCCUCCUCGCGGAUCAUGUAAUUACAAGAACGGCAUGAUAUCCAACAAAUGUCCUUGUCUUCGUUUUAUGCUGCAUCCAGUCAAGGCUGCUACCUCGUUUGAGUGUGACGGCUGCAGCCACCAUGCUUCUUACCACAAUCUGGACAACCCAUCUGAAGACGCCAUUCUCGCGAAAUGGUCUGCUCAGGAAAAGGCAGUGAUCACCCAGCAA